CAUAUGAUCAUUAGUCAUUACCAGUUCAUAAAUAGAUACGAAAUUUGUUGUCUGUAUUUGAGAUAGUGAGGAGAUUUUGAGGCUGCAGAUUAGAGAUGAGCUCUAGUGAAUCUGAGUUGAGCCCUGCGAGGCACCCUGUUUGUACGUUGGAAGGUGAAAAUUUGAUGAAUAACUGCGCGAAGAGACGAAGAUCUCCUCUGCUGGCUUGUCUAAAUUCAGAGCAGCAACCACAUGCGGCGGCGCAACUUCUUGAUCAGCCUGAUGCUACCCCUGCUACUAGUACUAUCAACAGAAGUCCAAAGUUUCGCGGUUUCAGCAGGCAGUAUCACAAUGGUAGAUGUGAAUCAAGAGUUGGAUGGGUGUUCGGAAAGAAAUACAUUUACCUUGGUACUGGCGGUACCCGGGAGGAAGCUGGUCAUGCUUAUGACAUUGCAGCAGCCGAAUGCAGAGAAAUCAAUGACGCAACAAAUUUCGACGUGAAGACAAAUAUCAGGUGGCUCAGAUCAGGUGCUAAUUCAGUCUGUUCUCAAGUUACAGAAACAUUGAACUCUCAAGCUAUACCUUCCACCUCAGAUGUCGAAGUAAAUCAAAAUGAAGAGACUGAAUUCUCUUUCAAUACUAUUCCCUUGAAGAAAGAAAUAGCCUGGGGAUUUCCUCGGAAACAAGAUUGCAUCCAACAAAAGAAGCAGAGUUACUCUUCUAACAAGUCAUCACAAACAGCACUGGGCAUCCUCCUCCAAUCUUCCAUGUUUAAAAAGCUGGUGGAGAAAAAUAUGAUUGAUGAAAUCGAAGAAAAUGAAAGAAAAAAGUUGAAAGUACAAUCUGACGAGCACAAAAAAGAAAUCGUGGUAUGAAAUAUCACCUGUAAAUACUUUGUGAAUUUCCACAGGGGUACAUAUUAAAGCGCUCUGCUAACAUGUGUCAUUCAUAUAAUUUCUUUGUUGAUUCUUGCAAGUUGCAUCUUUCCUUAACGUGUUAAUAGUUUGCAUGAUAAGAUACAAUGUAAUUAUGAACAGAAUCUUUCUGUUACUUUCCAAUUUGUAAUUUUCAUUGUUCUCCCCACUGAUGUUACACACCUAAACUGAACUAAGGUCC